AUGGACGAUGAGGCUCCGAGUGAGUGUAUCUACAACCUGCUUCCCCGGCCCCAGCCUCCGCCCCGCCAACGCCUCAAUUAUCGUUCAAAACAACGGAACAUUGUACAGAAAGACUGGGAUUCUAAGAAAUCAGCACACAAGACGAUGGGUUUGCCCAAAGUUGAGCCUCCUUGUCCAAAGCACCAUCUAUUGAAGCAUUCCAAGGAACAAAAGCUACCAGAACGGAAACCUUACAAAGUUCCUGUAGAAGGAAUUAAAUCUUCUAUCCCAUCUGACAAACCACUAAUGGGACUUCGCACCAAGAAAAACUUUGUUCAAGCCAACGUAUUUGACGUUCAGAUGGCAGUCCCCAAGAAACCUGUGCCAAUCAUUGUUGAUACUAGAAAAGGAAAUAAAAUCUUGUUGGAACCAUCAGGGCUUCUUCCAACACUUCUCUACAGAAAGGACUUUGGUAAAAUCCCAGAUUAUCUAAUUAAGCAGUCUGAAGAGGAGAAGAAAGCACAAGAAGAAUAUGAUGCCUAUGUAAAAGAGCGUAUACGACAAGGUUCCAUGAAAAUGUUGACUGAAGAGGAGCGGAACAGCGUGUUGUCGGGACUAAAGAGGAAUUGGGCAGAGCUGAAUCAUGCCUAUCAAAGUCUUUCCAUUUUGAUAGACACUCAUUCGAAGCAAAUGCACAAGGAAGUACUUGAAACCAAAAUGAAAAAACUAGAACAGGACAUUGACAUGUUUGAGAAACAUAAAUUUAUCUACAUUCCACGAAACUAA